AUGGCCGCCCAGGUGGAGCCGCUGCUGCCGGGCGCCGCCGCGCUGCUGCCGGCCGAGGAGCGCGGCGCGCGGGUGCGGAAGCCGCCGCCGCCCGCCGAGGGCCCGGCCGAGCCCGGGCCGGGCGCGGGGGAGCCGGACGCCGGCGCCCGGAGAGCGCGGCCGGCCGGCGCGGGGGCCCCGCGGGCGGCGCGCGAGAGCCCGGCGGGCAGCGACGGCGAGGAGGGCGGCGGCGAGCCGGGGGCCGCGGCGGGCGCCGGGCGCCGGGACUUCGUGGCGGCGCCGCCGCCCAAGGUGAACCCGUGGACGAAGCUCGCGCCGCCGCCGGGCCCGGCCGCCGUGAACGGGCAGGCGCCGCCAGAACAUUCUGCUCCUGCCAAGGUGGUGAGGGCAGCAGUCCCUAAACAGCGCAAAGGCAGCAAGGUUGGGGACUUUGGAGAUGCAAUCAACUGGCCCACACCUGGAGAGAUAGCCCACAAGAGUGUGCAGCCCCAGCCCCAUAAGCCUCAGCCGGCCCGGAAACUGCCCCCCAAAAAGGACAUGAAGGAGCAGGAGAAAGGAGAAGGGGGCGAGAGCAAGGAGAGCCCGAAAGCCAAGUCGGACGAGUCUGGGGAGGAGAAGAACGGGGACGAGGACUGCCAGCGCGGGGGGCAGAAGAAGAAAGGGAACAAACACAAGUGGGUUCCGCUGCAAAUUGACAUGAAGCCCGAAGUGCCCAGAGAGAAGCUGGCCUCGCGCCCUGCUCGCCCGCCGGAGCCUCGCCACGCCCCCGCCAGCCGCGGGGAGAUGAAAGGGGCUGAGCCUGCCGCCUAUGUGCCCGUGGCCCCCCCCACCCCAGCCUGGCAACCAGAGACCAAAGCGGAGCCCGCCUGGCCCGACCAGGAUGAGACGUCGAGUGUGAAGAGUGAUGGGGCUGGUGGGGCGCGGGCUUCCUUCCGUGGCCGUGGACGGGGGCGCGGUCGCGGCCGGGGACGCGGCCGGGGUGGCGCUCGAACGCACUUUGACUACCAGUUCGGCUACCGCAAGUUCGACGGUGCAGAGGGUCCUCGCACCCCCAAAUACAUGAACAACAUCACCUACUACUUCGACAACGUCAGCAGCACGGAGCUCUACAGCGUGGACCAGGAGCUGCUCAAGGACUACAUCAAGCGCCAGAUUGAGUACUACUUCAGUGUGGACAACCUGGAGCGAGACUUCUUCCUGCGACGGAAGAUGGACACUGACGGCUUCCUCCCCAUCACGCUCAUCGCGUCCUUCCACCGAGUGCAGGCCCUGACCACUGACAUCUCGCUCAUCUUUGCAGCCCUGAAGGACAGCAAGGUGGUGGAGAUGGUUGAUGAGAAGGUCCGCCGGAGGGAGGAGCCUGAGAAAUGGCCUCUUCCUGGCCCCCCAAUAGUGGACUAUUCCCAGACCGACUUCUCCCAGCUUCUCAACUGCCCAGAGUUUGUGCCCCGCCAGCACUACCAGAAGGAAACAGAGUCCGCGCCGGGCUCGCCCCGUGCAGUCACCCCCGUGCCAACCAAGACAGAGGAGGUCAGUAACCUGAAGACGCUGCCCAAGGGCUUGUCUGCCAGCCUGCCCGACCUGGACUCGGAGAACUGGAUCGAAGUGAAGAAGAGGCCUCGGCCCUCCCCGGCACGACCCAAGAAGUCCGAGGAGCCCAGGCUGCUCCACCCCACCUCCCUGCCUCCGCAGCCGCCCUCUCAGCCGCCACCAUCCAGGGAGCAGGAGGAGCAGGAGGAGCUGGAUUUCCUGUUUGACGAGGAGAUGGAGCAGAUGGACGGACGGAAGAACACCUUCACCGCCUGGUCCGACGAGGACUCUGACUAUGAGAUCGAUGACCGGGACGUGAACAAGAUCCUCAUCGUCACCCAGACGCCACCAUACAUGCGCCGGCACCCGGGAGGGGACCGCACAGGAAACCACACCUCUCGAGCCAAGAUGAGCGCCGAGCUGGCCAAGGUCAUUAACGAUGGGCUCUUCUACUACGAGCAGGACCUGUGGACUGAGAAGUUCGAGCCCGAGUAUUCCCAGAUCAAGCAAGAAGUCGAGAACUUCAAGAAAGUCAACAUGAUCAGCCGGGAGCAGUUCGACACACUAACCCCUGAGCCCCCUGUGGACCCCAACCAGGAGGUGCCCCCUGGGCCACCUCGCUUCCAGCAAGUUCCCACAGACGCCCUGGCCAACAAAUUGUUUGGUGCCCCAGAGCCCUCCACCAUCGCCCGCUCUCUCCCCACCACUGUCCCAGAGUCGCCAAACUACCGCAAUGCCCGCACCCCUCGCACCCCCCGGACACCACAGCUCAAAGACUCAAGCCAGACCUCACGGUUUUACCCCGUGGUGAAGGAGGGACGGACACUGGACGCCAAGAUGCCUCGGAAAAGAAAGACAAGACACAGUUCCAACCCCCCCCUGGAGAGCCAUGUGGGCUGGGUGAUGGACUCCCGCGAGCACAGGCCCCGGACGGCCUCCAUCAGCUCCAGCCCCUCGGAGGGGACACCAGCGGUUGGCAGCUAUGGCUGUACCCCCCAGUCCCUGCCCAAGUUCCAGCACCCCUCCCACGAGCUGCUCAAGGAAAAUGGCUUCACGCAGCACGUCUACCAUAAGUACCGUCGGCGCUGCCUUAACGAGCGGAAACGCUUGGGCAUUGGCCAGUCUCAGGAGAUGAACACUCUCUUCCGCUUCUGGUCCUUCUUCCUCCGAGAUCACUUCAACAAGAAGAUGUAUGAGGAGUUCAAGCAGCUGGCCCUGGAGGACGCCAAAGAAGGCUACCGGUACGGCCUGGAGUGCCUUUUUCGAUACUACAGCUACGGCCUGGAGAAGAAGUUCCGGCUGGACAUAUUCAAGGACUUUCAGGAGGAGACGGUGAAGGACUAUGAAGCUGGCCAGCUCUACGGGCUAGAGAAGUUCUGGGCCUUCUUGAAAUACUCCAAAGCCAAAAAUUUGGACAUUGACCCCAAACUUCAAGAAUACCUCGGCAAAUUCCGACGUCUCGAAGACUUCCGAGUGGACCCCCCCAUGGGUGAAGAAGGCAACCACAAGCGACACCCCGUGGCAGCAGGAGGUAGUGGCGGAGAGGGCCGAAAGCGGUGCCCCUCCCAGUCUUCUAGCCGGCCCGCCACCGUGGUCAGCCAGCCCCCCACGCCACCCGCCGGCCCGCCUGUCCGGGAAGAUGCCAAAUGGACAAGCCAGCACUCAGACACACAGACUUCGGGAAAGUGAAAAGCCCCUUAACCCGGGUCUUGGGGUGGGGGGAAGGGAGGGGGUGGGCAAGCGUCCGUGGGGGUGCCCGGCCCCAGGAGAGGGAGCAGAUGAGGGCCGGCCUGGGGUCGUCAGGGAGGACCUUUGUGCUGAGUAGUGUGUGUGCACCGGCUGGGCUGCCAGAGGCCCCUGAGCAGGAGCGCCCGCCCCUCCUCUCCCUGACUCCUCCCACCCGGCCAUCUUCUAAGGGGGAGGGGAAGAAGGGAGGUUUUUUAUAUAUAUAUAUACAUAUAUAUAUAUCAAGUUUUAAAUUAUUGAUAGUAUGUCUGGAUUACCAAAAUCACUCUGCAGCCCUGCCCGCCGCCGGCAGGCCGCCCCGGUCCCCACCCGUGGCCUCCUGCUCUCCCUCCAGCCAACUAUGCAGCCCACAGAAGGCCCCGGGGUCCCAUGGCCGCGCCCCCAGGCCCCAGGAACACCGGCCCCCGGCCUCGGGGCUUGCCAUCACCACGUCCGCCCCCUGCUGUCCCCACUGCGCCCUUCUGCCAUCUGGGAGAAGGAAACCAAAGGAUCUGAAAGGGGCUGGGGUCGCUUCCGCCUCGGCCCACUCCCCUCCCCGUGCCCCUGCGCCCACGCCCAGAGACGCUGCUCAUCCCAGAAGACUAUUGAGAGAUGAUUUAUUUUAUUUUUCUCUGAUCUUUCCGUCCUUGAAAAAAAAUGGAAAAACAAGCAAACAAAAAAAGGACAAAAUCAACCAAAAAAAAGACCAAAAAAAAAAAAUCAGAAGACCACCCCCCCCCCCAACUCACAGGAAGUGAUGUCGUUCCCUGCCCUUGGGGUUUUUUUGUUUUGUUCUUGAAAAUAAUAUUUUUUUAAAAGUUGCCUUAUUGUGGAGCGGGAAUCUGAAACGCCCAAAUGCCUGUUCUCCUCGCCGGAGUCACCUCACAGAGCGCCCACCGCUCUGGACACGGAUCCCGGAUCCCGUGGGGCCGGCCUCCUCCU